ACUUGGAGUUCCGUUCGAGAGAAAGCAUCAAACUUUAUGGCAUUAAUUUCUGAUUUUUAUUUAAUUUUCUAGUUUGGAGGGGAUAGGAAAGAGGGUUGUUUGAGAUCUGCAUGCGGAUAGGAAAGAGGGUUGUUUGGGCCAACGAUCCCGCGUCCGAAAUGUGUUGGAUGCGGAUUCGCUGCAGACUCGUAGCGGAUACGGGUCUGGUCUAAAAAAAUCCGCCUUCUCCAUACCCGAUAGCCCCAAAACUGAAGAUAAUCGCUUAUGGGGUUCAAAAACAACCCGAUAACCCGAACCCAUCGCGCUUUUCUUUCUCCGUUCCCCUCUUCAUCUUCUUCGAAGCUGCUCCGUUACCAAACCCAUCCGCUUUACUCCGUUUCCAAGCUGCUCGACGCCGACCAGAAACCUUCAAUUGGAGUUCGCCGGAGUUCGACGAGAGCGGGAGAAGAGAAUUAUAUUUUAAGUUUUCAGAUGGCGACCGAAACCAAAAAUGGAAGUUCACAGUCAACUGGUGGAAAUGUUCAGUCUUAUAAUUUUGCUCGCACUUUCAAGUAUCUCAUGGCAACACAAUUGCUAUCGAGGGUAAUCCCCUUUAUAUUUAAUACGUGGAUAGUGAGGCACCUAACGGAAACUGAUUAUGCGCUUUAUGCAAUUCAGUUUCAGCUUCUUGUUACUUCCAUCUUAUUUCUUAGCCGGGAAGGCUUCCGACGGGCUUGCAUGCGCAUAGAUGUUCAAGGAGAUGGUGCACCAAUGGAGGAAAAUGCAGCAAAGCUGUUGAAAGUAGCCUGGAUGUCUUUCCCACUGGGCAUUUUCGUUACUCUUACUGCUUGUGUUUUUGUCUUUUGGUCGCAGAACCUCAGUCUUGCUGAUCGGUAUGCACAGGCUGUACUGAUUCAUGGAUUUGCUUGUAUAUUGGAGUUGCUGGCAGAACCACUAUAUAUUCUUUCUCAGAAUUUGCUUCUCCUUAAAUUGCGAUUGAUGGUUGAAACUACAGCAACUAUUUUACGUUGCAUGACAGCCUACAUCCUCAUCAUUAAACAGCCUAGCAUGGAAAAGGGGAUGGUAUUUGCUUUUUCACAGAUUGCAUAUGGUGGCUGCAUGGCUUUAGGUUAUUGGGUUUAUUUUCUUCUUUUUCGUGUAAUCAGACGGUCAUAUCUUCUUCCCUUCAGGUUAUGGAACAUUUUGGAUUGUGAUAAGGAACUUUCGCACAUGUGUCUAGUAUUCACCGGCCAAUCUGUCUGGAAAUGGUUCCUUCAGGAGGGUGAAAAGAUGGUACUUGUACUGUUUGAUACACCCUAUAACCAGGCUGUUUAUGGCCUUGUUGACAAAUUAGGAAGUUUAGUAGUACGUAUGGUUUUUCUCCCUUUUGAAGAGAGUUCUUAUGCUACUUUUGCAAAAUUAGCAUCAGGACAAUCUCCUGACAGGACUAAGAGGUUAGCAAGCUCAUUAGUUGAGACCAUGAAGCUUGUAUUACUCAUUGGACUUGUGGUAAUAGCCUUUGGUCCAAGCUACUCCUAUGCACUCAUUAGACUACUUUAUGGGAAAAAAUGGAGUGAUGGAGAAGCUCCUUAUGCACUUCGUUAUUAUUGCCUCUAUGUCAUUUCUUUAGCCAUGAAUGGUACAUCUGAAGCAUUUUUGCAUGCUGUAGCAAAUGAAAGUCAGCUGAAGCAAUCAAAUAAAUACUUACUCAGAUUCUCUGGAGUAUAUAUUAUACUAAAUGUCAUUCUGAUCCGAUAUGCUGGAGCAGUUGGGCUAAUUGCUGCUAAUUCAUUAAAUAUGAUACUAAGAAUUAUAUACUCAGCAUUAUUUAUCAAUGGCUAUUUCCAGAGCACGGCUUCCUUUUCCUUCAAGCAAUGGUUGCCCUCAGGAUGGAAAGUUCUGCUUUUUUCCAGUGUAGUUACUUGCGUAUCAGAGAACAUGUUUCUGGAUAGGGAGGAGUUCUGGCAGACUUUUCCCAUUCACUUUUCUGUUGGCCUUAUCUGCUUCUCCAUCUCCUCUAUAGUGAUAUACCGUCAGGAAAAGCAAUUCAUCAGCAAAAUUAUUCGUUUGCAUGAGCAUGUCGACUGAGAGAGGAUGAAUUCACGUCAUCUUUUACCACGGACUCAGAUCUUUAGAAGGUGGCCUGUUGCCAACUUCUAAUCAUAAACGGAUCGGUUUGAACAGUGUUUGGAGGAGUACGAGGAUUAAAAGAGAAGUCUUCAUGACAAAAUGAGUAAUUAUUCAUUCUUUGUCUAAUUGCAUUAUGUUCUUUUAUGGUUUCAGUUCUGUUCUGUAACUUGUUUUAAAAACAAACUUACAAUCUGUCUUCCUGCGUACAAUAGUUUUUUCCAAUAUAAUUAUAAUUUUACUUCUUGUAA